AUGAAAUCUUUUAUCGAAGUUUCAGCCGAUUCACAUUUCCCUAUUCAAAAUUUACCAUUUGGAAUUUUUUCAAUUGCAGAGGAUAAAAUUUCGUCUGCUCGCGUUGGAGUUGCUAUAGGCGACCAAAUUUUAGACUUGACAGUUUUAUCCAAAUUAUUUGAAAAACAUGUUCCAGAAUUGGCUACGCGAAAAUUCCUACAAGCUAUUUUGUCCGAAGAUAAUCCAGAAUUACGAGAUAAUAAAGAACUUCGAAAUCAAGCAUUUGUUCCUCAAAAACUUGCAAAAAUGCAUUUACCGGCUAAUAUUGGACAUUAUACGGAUUUUUAUGCUUCAAAGGAACAUGCAACUAAUUGUGUUGUUGUCUCUGGAACAGAUAUUUUGCGUCCUCGUGGUCAAAGAUCACCAGGAAAAGACCAACCUCCAGUUUUUGGUCCAUCUACAAAAUUGGACAUUGAAUUAGAAAUGGAUCCUACACCAUUUCCAUAUCUUCAAGAAGAAGGAAAAACAGCAUAUGAUAUUCACCUUGAAGUUAAGAUGAAACGAUCAUUAUUAGAAAUUACAUGGAACGGAAAAAAUGAAAUUGACUUUGGCAAUGGAGUUAAACGAUUAUUUGUUGAAGAUGGAGAUGAAGUUGUGUUAACUGGUCAUUGUCAAGGAGAAGGAUAUAAAGUUGGAUUUGGUGAAUGUAGUGGUAAAAUAUUACCUGCUAUAUCUUCGUAA